AUGCUGCUCCUUGCUGCGACUGUUCUUGCACUGGCUGCGAAGUACGCAGCCGCACUCACCGGCCCCGAAGUCGCGGCCGUCUUCCCCUCAUCCUCCUCGUCCUUGAAAGGAGGCACAAUCUCGCUUCCGCGCUUCGACCUCUCCAUCAUCUCGAACGGCACGCACGCCCUCUACGUCGCGAACGUCAGCUCGACCUCGCCCACUUCCGUGGGUUGGCUCGGGGUCGGUCAUGGCACCGCCAUGGCGGACGCCGACUUCCUCCUCGCCUGGCCAACCGUCUCCGGCUCGUCCGUCAACUGGACCCUCUCUCACCGACUCCCGAACUCGAACGCUCUCGGAGGACACGCCAUGCCAGUCCUCGCCUCUUCGAGCGCUGGCACGAGUACCCCGGCGUUCUACACCCUCGUACCCGCGUUGACGACCUCCGAUUCGUCGUCGCCCUUCUCGAUCGUCGCCUUCACUCGCCUGGUGGACCCUGGCUCGUCGUACCCGACCGCGCAGGGCGUGACGAGCGCUGCAUUGGGCAGCGGUACACUUGACUUGAUCUACGCGUCGAGUUCGCGCAAUGCGGGAACGGCGAACGAAGGACAGGCGACAUUUUCCCAGCACGACCAGCCGACUGGCGUUACGAGCAUCGAUAUGAGUGCCGCCUACGCUGUCGCCGCGAAUGAGACAUCGACUCAGCCGCCGCAGGCUCAGCAAGCGCCGCCUCCGAGUGCCGCCGCGAGGAGGCGUCGCAGGAUCUUCAUCGCCCACGCUGCGCUCGGCGGACUCGCCUUUGCCAUCUUCGUCCCGCUGGCAAUCCUCACCGCCCGCUUCGGCAGGGAACGCCUCGCCUGGCUCCCGCCUCACGCUGCUCUCCAGCUCCUCGCCGCCUCGAUGGUGGUCACCGCCUUCGCGCUCGCUGUCAGCCAGACGGGCAACCUCUUUGCCGACUUGCACCAGCGCCUCGGACUCGUCCUCUUCCUCCUCGUCAUCCUCCAACUCCUCCUCGGCUACCUCGCGCACCUCACGCUCCCCUCCGCCCUUACCUCCUCCUCUCCCUCCCUCUCACGCCCGCGCCCCUCCUUAGCCCGCGCGAUUCACAUCCUCCUCGGAGUGACCGUUCUCGCUCUCGGCUGGGUCCAAAUCCACACGGGCAUCAAGGAAGGAGGAGAAUGGUACCGCGCGACGUUGGGGAUGGAGGAGGUCCCGCGUGCGGUGAGGGGAGUCUUCUGGACGCUUGUUGAGCUGUUCGUCCUCGCGUAUCUGGGUGAGUGGGUCGCGGCGAUUAGGAGGGGCGUCAGGGGCGAGAAGAAGGCUGCGACGAAUGGAGAGGCGCUUCCGCUGCACGAGGCGGGCGAAGGCGGGCGCAAGAGGAGUCGUCGGCCGUAG